AUGGUGCGUCUAUUCGGCAUGGAUUGGCAGCUCGAGAAGGAGAACAUUGGGCCACGAACCAGAGACGCCGUCGCGAAACAGGCCUUAGAAGCUGUCAACAGCGGCAACAUCGAGGAGGACUAUGAGAGCGAAAAAAGGUCGCUCCUCGAGGAGAUGAGGAAUUACAACGGCGACGAUCCUUUAGAUCCGUGGGACAGAUACAUUAAGUUGGAAAUCUCUCGGUCCAAAACGAGCGAAGGUACAUCGGAGCUGUUGGACAUUCUCAAAAGAUGCACUGAGACCUUUCUGAGGGCACCGCUCGAGGAGGAUCGUGCUGCGGGGGGUGGUGCUUUGCGUGGGGACGGCAGCAGCAAUGGAGGGGACGGUCGGCGUGCCUCGCAGCGAAUGGGUGCUGGUCCCCAAGGGCCGCAUGACGAGAACACCCCUCCGAUUUCUGACCAAAAUGCAUUCAAGCGGGCGAGGAGGGACUCUGACUCGGGGUCGAUUGAAGUUUUCGUGGAUGAGGAGCUGAGGAGCCCGUCAGCUGCAAGGAGAAUGCACAGGGGCCUGGCAGGAAGCGGGGCAAAGAGGAGGGUGCUGCAGCCGCAUGUGGAGGUCCAGCGGGGUCAAGAGGGGCACGCAGAUGCAGCACAGGAGAGAGGGCGGGUUGAGGUGGGGAGUCGAGAGCAGGCCUCUGAAGCUGCAUCUGCUUCAAACACAGGCCCAUGCCAGGAGCAGGAGACGAGCUUCGAGGAGCAGCGCUACCUCUACUGGCUGCACCACAGAAACCUGCCUCCACCGCUCUACAUGAACGCUGCACCGCUCUCAACCUGUCCGCCAACCUUGGAGGCCCAUCCGAAUCCCACAGCCAACCCAGGGCCUGCAGUGGGAGAUGGCUCGCCAGAGUGCUCAUUAGCUGCUGUAGAUAGAGCAGAUGCAGGGAGUGACAAGCAGGGAACAGGGGGAAUGAGAUGGGGAGAGGACGCGGGGGAAGAAACGAGUGGGGAGGACGCAGAGAGCAGGGAGUGUGCGCAACGGAGUGCGGUUGCUGAGGGGGGAGGAAGCGGUGGGGAAGGAGAGGGGGGCGAGAGGGGCGCAGGCAAGCGUGGGAGGAGGAAGAGGGGGAGUAAGGGGGAGGGGGAACUGGAGGGGAGUGGGCUCACGGGGGGGUUGAGUGAGUUGGGAAUGGAGGAGGAGAGAGUGCAGGGUUUCAGGCAGAUGCUGGAGCAGCACAGAGGGCAGGCUGUGGCCGCUGGUGGGGCUGAUGCUGGCGGUGGUGAUGGUGGUGCUGCUGGUGGUGGGAGGGUGGAGGAGAAUUUUCUCUGCUUUGAUCACACGGUGCAUGCACAGGGCUACCACCGGCACUCAGAGCCGCUGCACGUGCCGGCCAGGCUCAAGGCGCUGAGGGAUGGCAAAGCAGGAGAACCUGUGGACCUCCGCCUUGGGAGCAGGAGCUACGAGGUGGAUCGGCUGUUGGGCAAGGGGGCAUACGCGAAGGUUUAUGGCGCCACUGAGACCCCUGUUGGGGUGGCAGACGCGGCUACAGAGAGCACUGUGGUGUUCCGCUCUGUGGCCCUCAAGGACGUGGUGAAUGCGUUCAAGAGGCAGGGCAAGCCGGACGUUGUGAAUGCGUUCAAGAGGCAGGGCAAGCCGGUCCCAGAGCUGCUGUGCGCAUUCUACACGGCGCAGAUGCUGCGAGCUGUAGAGGCCCUGCAUGCCGCUCACAUACUCCAUGGGGACAUCAAGCCAGACAACUUCCUCCUGCGAUUCGGGGCUGACAGUGAGAGUCCCAGGGAGAUGGUGGCUGCUAUCGAGGCCGGUGCACCUUCCACGGGCGUCACCCUGGUGGACUACGGGCGCAGCAUUGACAUGCGGCACUUCCCAGAGGGUUCCUCCUUUGUCUCUGACAGCGGCACAGAGAACUUCCGGUGCCCUGAGAUGGUGGAAGGGCGCCCGUGGACCACGCAGGCUGAUCUCUAUGCGGUGUGUGCCACGGCCUACUGUCUGUUGCACGGGCAGUACAUGGAGGUAGAGAGGGUGCCUGCAGGGAACGCCAGUGGCGACAGAGCAGCGGAUCUGGACGGCUGUGCUGAUGACACGGCUGCUAACUCCGAGGAGGACGGUGGUGCUUACUAUCGCCCAAGGCUCCAACUCAAGAGGUACUGGAACAAUGACAUGUGGCAUGCGCUGUUCCACGCCUACCUCAAUGUGCCUGCGGGGCAGCCUGCCCCUCCUCCAGCCCCGAUUCGCCGCCGCUUUGAGCGGUACUCAGCCGACCAUGCAAGUGACGUUUCUGUGUUGCUUCGCCGUCUGCGCAACCAGCUGUAG